UCCUACAGCUAGCAAUAUGAGCGGAAGAGGCAAAACCGGAGGCAAGGCCAGGGCGAAGGCAAAGACACGUUCAUCCCGUGCCGGACUCCAGUUCCCCGUGGGCCGUGUGCACAGGCUGCUGCGCAAAGGCAACUACGCCGAGCGUGUGGGCGCUGGCGCACCAGUGUACCUGGCCGCAGUGCUCGAGUACCUGACUGCUGAGAUCCUGGAGUUGGCCGGCAACGCUGCCCGUGACAACAAGAAGACCCGUAUCAUCCCCCGUCACCUGCAGCUGGCCGUCCGUAACGACGAGGAGCUGAACAAACUGCUUGGCGGCGUGACCAUCGCUCAGGGUGGUGUGCUACCCAACAUCCAGGCAGUGCUGCUCCCCAAGAAGACUGAGAAGGCCGUCAAAGCCAAGUAACAUCGCUACUGCGGCUGCCACUUGACUACUCAACCCCCAAAGGCUCUUUUAAGAGCCAACCACCUAGCUCAGCAAAAGCGCAAAGUGUCCUUUUAUAUGCCACAUACACGGCGCCGUAUCAAGUGCCCACAUGAGGCGUUGAAUGAACAAUAACACCUACUAGGCGGCUCUAAGUUUGCACUCUGAAGUUGGGCCGGUGACUAUUAUAUUAACGCGCGUAAAGUGUCGGCCCUAACAAAAGAGGCAAGCGCGUGAGGGUGGGGGUUGCAUUUUGGGGCGGCAGGGAGAGGCCCAGC